CUCAAAGUGGCGCAAAAAAGUUGUUUAAGUUUCAUGUUUAGAUUUAGCGUCGUGUCCUGCUCAGCGUAUCUUUAAGAUGCUUUGCCUCGGGCACUUUUACGCACUACGUAAGUAACUGCUUACGAACAAAAGAGAGGAAAAUAAUGAUAAGCAUAUAUGGGCAGAUGUGGGGGAUAACCCCUCGCCAUUGUUUCCGACACUUUUACGAGGUUACUGUGUAACUAUGAAAUACAGCCCGAGGUGAAUCAAAUUAUAAUAUGGUUGAGCGGGAGAUACGAAUACGUUUCUCAGUUCCAACCUAGCUGUGGGCACUUCGGUAGAAGAUGCGCUGGUGACCCUGUCGUAUGCUUGAUAUUUAGUGGCGAACUCCUCAUAAGGUCUCCCCACUUGACUUUAUAGUCUGGACCUUUCCUUUUCCCUGCCUCGUGUUAUCACUGACAAUUUAGCCGGAGCAGAAUUAGAAAAAAAGCAAAAAGGGGACUCCAGCGCCAAACGAAGUGUAAUCUGAUUGCAUUUGGCAGCGGCUCAGAGCGAAUGAAGAUGAGGAUGGUGAGGCACAUACCUGUGGGUGGGGAGUCGUGUCCUGGUGAGUGCCAAAGGCGUUUCUCUUAAUCAAACGUCGCUCUUUGUGUCAGCUCGAUUUUCACAUUGCCCACUUCCAGGUGUCUAUUGCUUCCGUUCCUCGCCUUGGGCGACACUCAAUGGGUCCGUCAGUCAUUUAGUCAGCGGGGCAAUCGCUGAGAUUGAUUAUGUCUGCUCUAAUCUGGCAAAUGUAAUCAACAUAAUUCUGCCCAUCUGUACAUCGCCUUAAAACGCGGUGAGAAGUUGCACUGCUAAAAAAUGAAUGAUAAAUUAUUCCCGGUUUGGAGCAUUUCUUACUACAUUUAGCUAUCUAUUUUCGGAGAGAAAGAAAAAUUGGCAUAUUUACUUAUUUUUCAUUAUCCAAUAGCAACAAUCAUACCUGCAUAUAUACCUGUUUAUAAAUCAAAAUUGAGACAAAGUAGAAUUAUUUUAAAUACAGAAUUACAAGUAUAUCACAAUAUGUGAGAUCAAUUUAUUGUUUUAAGGCAUUGGUAUGAAAACAUCUUUACUCAAGCAGUUCUCCCCCAUGCAGUUUAUCACUACUUUAUCUCCCACAUUGUAAUGUAAUGGUUAGAGGAGUUUUAGAUUAAUCCUAUUUUUUUAGGUAAAGUUAUUCUGCAGUUCUACUUUGUUGCUCUUUUUUUUAAUAGUUGGCCUUUAUAUUUUAUUUAAUUUGUUUCACGAUUCAUAGUUCGUUUCGUAUGUUUCUACAGGUGCUGGUGGAGGCCGUGACAUUUGAUCACCAAGGAGACGUGACCAAAACAAAGACCAACCCCCAGAACUGCUUAUUUAAUAUACUAUUUCAUUUUUAUGCCGCAAACAAAGAGCUGUGUAAAAGUUCAUUGUGAAAAUGGCUGCAAAAAACAGUGCCAAUGAGAACCAAGGAUUAGGGGAAGCUGGAAACGAUGCAGAGGCAGUUCCUCCUCCCCCACCAACGGCUGCAGGCAGGCCCAGGCCGCCCACGUCACAGCUAUUUUCGAGGGGCAAUCUGGUUAGCAGUCGGACAGGAGGAGGCGAUAAGUCAGGUCUAGCCAGGCCAUCGACGGCAGUCCGGGCCGUGGGCUACGCCGCCAACAGCGGAUCCGCUGGUCAGAGGUUCGACCAGUUUUUCCUGGAGAAGGCAAAGCAGCAAACACUUUCCUCGGCAAACGCUGUGGAUGCCGCCAAGGAAGUAAAUCCUCAAAUCAAGUAUAAGAACCUGGAGGCAAAGAUUGUGAAGCUCUUGGAGUCGUCCAUCGUUUUGGCCUGGCAAAGCACCGCGGCUCGAUCGAGUGGAGAUCUUAACUCGGAGGCAAAGUCGGCAUUGGCCGAGUCCUUGAAUAAGGCCAAGGAGGCCUUCUCAUUGGAUCGAACCCUGCACCGAUUUCGGGACCAGCAGGGCGAGAAUGUUUAUCAUAAUUUCGAUUUGACAUACGCGGUGUUCUUCAACCUGGCGGAGCAGUACGAGCGCAAUGAUUUGCACAUCGAGGCCCUGAACACUUACAGCAUCAUGACCAAGAACAAGAUGUUUCCGCACGUCAACCAGCUGAAGAUCAAUAUGGGCAACAUCUACUACAACAUGGGUAUAUACCAGAAGGCGGUCAAGAUGUACCGCAUGGCCCUCGACUCGGUGCCGAAGAACUUGAGCCAGUUGCGGCUGAAGAUCCGUGAGAACAUUGGAAUCCUCUUCGUACGCAUGGGCUCCUAUUCGGAUGCCGCCUCCAGCUUCGAGUUCAUCAUGUCGGAGCGGGCGGACAUCAAGAGCGGCAUCCACCUGCUGCUCUGCUACUACGCCAUGGGCGACGUGGAGAAGAUUAGGACGGCCUUUCGAAGCCUGUGCGAUGUCCAGCCCGGGGAGACGGAAACCGAUCUGGGGAGUGAGAGCAACAUUAUCAAGCUGCAGCAGCAGGCAGAUCAGGGUGGUCAGGCUGGGGAUCCCGACUUGGACAAGUCCUCGGACCGCCAAGAAAACGGGGGUGCGGAUGUGGCAGUAAUCGAUGCAGAGGGUGGCGGAAGCUACGAAAAAGUUCAGGAGUCCGUGAAGUUUUCGGCCAAGGCAAAGCAGCGUUACGUUCUCCAAGCCCUUAAAAAAGACGACCUAGCCGUAUACACCAGCCAACGCAGAAAUUCCGAGAAGCGAUCUAUUACAAUGAUUGUAGAUCUGAUCUCGCCCUUAAUCGAAGAGAACUAUAAUGAUGGAUACAACUGGUGCAUUGAGAUCAUCAAGACCUCUAAUCUGGCCUGGCUGGCGAACGAACUGGAACUGAACAAAGCCCUAGUAUACCUUCGACAGAAUGACGUAAAUCAAGCCAUUGAAACACUGCAAAUGUACGAUCGCAAGAGUCAGGGAUCUAUGACGGCCAGCGCUCUGACCAAUUUAAGUUUUAUCUAUAUAAGUCUGGGCAACCUGGAGAUGGCCACACAGUGUCUUAACCAGCUGCAGGAAAUCGGAGCGCUGGAAAACAAUGCUCUGGCUCUAAUCAAUGCCAGCAUAGUGGACUUGCGGAAGCAGAACUUCACCGCAGCCCGGGAUCGUUUGGAGAGAGCUCUAGAGCUCCAGCCGACGAACUUUGAGGCCAACUACAAUCUCGGCCUGGUGGCCUUGGCACAGCAGGAUUUCGAGCUGGCCGAGGAGCGUUUCGAGCUGCUGAAGGCCCAACUGAUGAUGCCCCAUUCUGUGCAGCACAGCCAUGUGUUCUAUCAGCUCGCCAAGUUGCAGGAACGCCGCUUGGGCGGCGGAUUCCAGGGAAACGCUUCGCCGGGAGCAGCACUGCAGGCAUACCUGCAGGUGCUUGGCAUCUCCGCCUCCGACAUCGAUUCGCGCCUGUUCGAGAAAGUAGGAUCGCUCUACGAGCAGAUUCAGGACCAUCGGGAGGCCAAUCAGUACUAUCACGAGGCGUAUCGCAUAAACAUGAGUGACAUCAACAUCGCCAGCAGCAUUGGCUCCUACUACAUCAAGCUCCAGGCCACGGAAAAGGCUCUGUAUUACUACGAACGGGCGGUUUUAGCUGAUCCCAACGAUCCGAACCUAAUGCUGCGUAUAGCCAGCUGCUUUCGCAACUCUUAUCUGCCGCCCAAGCAGUACUUGGGUAUGUUCCAGAAGAUCCACGCCCGCUUUCCAGACAAUCUCACGUGCGUGCGGGCUCUAAUGCAAGUAACCAAGUCGCUGGGUCUGGGAGAUUUGCACGAGCGGUACGCCCUGGAAUAUGCCCGCCUGCAGAAGCAGCAGCAGGAACGCCAGAACGAGCACCGAUACCAGCAGCAACGCCUCUCAUCAGCGGCCUCCAAUAGCAGCCGCCUGCGAACAAUAAGGCAGUCCAAUGAGGAGCGCAUGCAGGAGAACAGCGACAUCUCCAAAAGCAUGACCUAUUCGCAGAGUCCCGCGACGUAUUCAGUUCAGCAGUUCGACCCUUUGGGACCUCCUGCGGAACGGCCCCGAACUGGCAGAGCACAGCAGAGCAGAGACGAUUCAGAUGAUGAUGCGGAAAUGAAUGCCGAAAGCUUGCUACCCAUUUAAUUCCAUACUCUUAUAGUUAUGCUAAAGGACAAAUCUGUAAAACUGUUCGUGUUGUCCUUAAGAAAUAAUAAUAA